GCAGCUGAUUGUUACGUUAACAACCAUUUCGCAUGUUUUUGUUUAUCUAAUUAAUUUAAACGAAAAUCCUGGUAUAAUGACAUAAAGUGGUUGUUUAAACCACAUUGUAAGGACAUGGCAGCGGAACUAGCAAUGGAUUCGGCUGCAGGGUCAAUGGAAAUUAGCAUGCAAGAGCCCGUGAACAAAAUGAAGUUUUUACAUGCACUUGUUGCAGGGGGCGUGGCUGGCUUGGUGGUGGACAUUGCCCUUUUUCCCAUUGACACCGUGAAAACCCGCCUGCAAAGCGAGCUAGGCUUUUGGCGGGCGGGAGGCUUCAGGGGUAUCUACAAAGGAUUGGCUCCUGCGGCUGCUGGAAGUGCUCCCACAGCGGCUCUGUUUUUCUGCACCUAUGAAUGUGGCAAGCAGUUCCUCAGCUCCGUAACCCACACCAAAGAUUCGCCAUAUGUUCACAUGGCAGCAGCCUCGGCAGCAGAAGUGUUGGCUUGUUUGAUCCGCGUUCCCGUGGAGAUUGCCAAGCAGCGCUCCCAAACGUUACUGGGCAACAAACAAUCCGGUCUGCAGAUCCUGCUACGGGCCUAUCGUACUGAGGGGCUGCAACGCGGUCUUUAUCGAGGAUUCGGUUCCACCAUCAUGCGGGAAAUUCCCUUCAGUCUGAUUCAAUUCCCCCUCUGGGAGUACUUUAAGCUCCGAUGGACGCCCUUAACCGGCUACGAGUCCACUCCCAUCUCGGUGGCUCUUUGUGGAGCCGUAGCUGGAGGAAUUUCCGCAGGGUUAACCACUCCACUGGAUGUGGUCAAGACGCGAAUUAUGCUGGCCGAAAGGGAGAGUCUCAAUCGACGUCGCAGCGCCCGUAGCAUUUUACAUAACAUUUACCUGGAGCGAGGCUUUGGCGGUCUGUUUGCUGGUUUUGUUCCGCGGGUGCUGUGGAUCACACUUGGCGGUGCAUUCUUCUUUGGCUUCUACGACUUGACGACGCGAGUGCUGGGCACCGCCAAUACGGAUCAUUAACAUAUAACUAUUUUCGUAGUACUUGUAGUAGAGGCACUUAGUUUGCAAUAGUAACUUCACCGAUGACAACCAACGUGGAGACAACGUGGACAAUAAAGUUUAUGGAAGUCUUUUGAGA